UUGGCGCGGAUACAAACCCCUCAUUUUUCAUUUUCAUUCAACUCAUCUUCAUCUUUGAAUCCUUCUUUUUGUGCAAUUAUUGAAACAAGUUUUUGCGAUACUUUGACGGAGCAAGUGUUACCGAAGCAAGUAAUUAUUCUACUCAUUUAAUCAAGUUUUCAAAAAUUCCAAUUUUGAGUAAGUUUCUCCAAAUCUUUUGUUGCAUGUAUGUAAUAGGUAGUUUAUACUCAUUUAAAUUAAUUAGAUAAAAGUUUAAUUUGAAUAAUAUGGUUGUCUGGAUCAUUAUUUAAUGGUUUUUUUGGGCAUUUAGGGCAAGAACAUGCACCUGUGCAACAAUGGCUGUUUGCAAGGGUGUUCGGAUUUGUAUUUCCGAAAUCUCCUAUGAGGAGUUUUCAGAUAUGCCAAUCUAAAAUUAGCUGAGUUUUUAAUUUUUCAUAUUUGUUUCGUUGUUUCAUUUCCUCCAGGGUGUUUACUAAUUGAUGCUAUUUUUUCAAGAUAAUGGCUAAUAACCCUAAAUUAAGACUUGGCAGGCCGAGCCAGACAACAUCCGCUCUGUGUGAGAUAACUGAGCAAUCUAGAAGGGUCCCGGUGAGUCACCUAACUGAUGCGUCACCGUCUCAAGAGCACGGGGAUAAUGAGCAAAAACUUGAUGAGGAACAUGUUUAGGCUACUCCUGAUACGCAGGCUGCACGACUAUGUAAAACAAUGAGGCAGGGUGCCGAGAGAUCUGUCCAGGAUUACCCAAGAGGGCCUUAUGACCCCUCCCUUUUGAAACAUUAUGACUCCCAUGUCACUCCGCAUGUUUGGGCAGGAGAGGAAAGGCCAACCCUAAAGUCCAUGAACCAUGCGCGGAAAAUAUUUGAUCUUGUUCAGCCCCGGGAGGAUUGGUUCAGGGAGGUCAUUCUUGGCUCCAGACUUGCCGGACUAUGCUGUUCCGGUUAUGGGACUAUCAACCUGGAAUGCAAGGGCAUUUUGCGAGAGAUGGCACAAGAAAACCUCAUUUUUCCACUUUCCUCUUAGGGAGAUGAUGAUCACAUUAGAUGACGUCGUAUGCCUGCUACGCCUUCCUAUUAGAGGGAGGUUAUUUAACCACUCUCGGAUCAGUCGUAAUGAUGCGAUUGAAUGGACGGUCAAGUAUUUGAGAGCUCAACCAUAACACUUUUAUGACAAGUGUGCCUCAACUAAUGAAGCUCAUGUCAAGUUCUCCUUCCCGAAGGCACUAUAUGAUGAGGAUUUGAAUGCGGCAGAAGCAUCCGCGAGCGAGGAGAAUAUUUUUUCAGUACCACCGUGCCUGUGGUGUACGGUGUUACUUCAUGUUCUUGGUUGGCACGCCCAUUUUUAUGGACAAAAGUGCAACCUAUAUGUGUAACAGCCCGAUUUUAUUAGAUAUUUUAUUUAUUAGCUUAUUUGUGUGUUUUAUUAAUUAUUUGUUUAUUUAAUUA